AUGCCUGCAACGUGGAAUGAUGCCGCAAGGGCUAAGUUAUUAAUAGCCGUCUUGAAAACAAGCGUUGGAAAGCUCGAUUAUAAAGCUAUCUCCGAGUUCAUGGGCCCUGAUUACAAUGUCAAGUCCAUCCAAUACCAGAUUUGGGCGAUCAAAACCAAGACUCUCGGAGACAAGGCGUCUGUCUCUAACCCAUCUACGCCGUCUAAGGGCGGAAAAAAGGAUGCCAAAACUCCAACGAAGUCUCCUGCGUCUGCAAAGCGUGAAAGAGCUAAGGUUGAUGAUGCCGAAUCUGACUCUGUCCCUGACUCCGCGACCCCAAAGAAGAAUGGCCGCUCCAAGAAAGUGAAAACGGAGAUCAAGCAGGAGGUUAAGCAGGAAAUUAAGUCUGAGGACGUCUGA